AGUGUGAGCUUCAGACUCUACAGGUGGGCGCGAGAGCUUCUCUGAGUGUGGCACGCGCCGCGAGAUGAGUCCUUUAGCAUUUUAGCUCAUUUCUCUCUCGAAUAGUGUUGUGUUUAAUUUCUCUCGAGUUCUUUUUGUUUAUUUUCCGACAGCACCUUUUAUUUAUUGUUUUUAACUUGUUUAAAAACCUUUUCGGCGACGAUGAAGUUUGCUGUCACAUAGUGGAAUUUCGGAUAAAGCGAGUUUUGUGAUUUUUGUAUUUCUGUGAGGGGGAGAAAAAAAAAUCUACCUCACGACGCACGCGCACAAACAUCCGCUGGUGAACUAGUUAGCUCUUGUCUUUAAACGCGUACAUUGUUGGAUUUAUUUAUUUAUUAUUUUUUUAUUCAGCAUGUCGUUGUUCGGCAAAAUCUUUCGUUUUCCGAGCGAUAAGAAGAAAGUGAAGCAGUACGAGCAUGUCCAUCGGAACGUGAACCCGGCUGAUGUGUGGGAGAUAGUGGGAGAACUGGGCGAUGGAGCUUUCGGCAAAGUUUAUAAGGCCCAAAACAAAGACACUGGUGUCCUGGCUGCUGCCAAAGUGAUUGAGACGAAGAGUGAAGAGGAGCUGGAGGAUUACAUCGUGGAGAUCGACAUCUUGGCUACGUGCAACCAUCACUACAUCGUCAAACUACUGGACGCCUUCUACUAUGAUCAAAAGCUCUGGAUUAUGAUUGAAUUUUGUCCUGGAGGAGCUGUAGAUGCCAUCAUGUUGGAGUUGGACCGGGGUUUGACAGAAAAGCAGAUUCAGGUGAUCUGUAAGCAGAUGCUGGAGGCUCUGGUUUACCUGCAUAGUAUGAAAAUCAUCCACCGGGACCUGAAGGCAGGAAACGUCCUGCUCAUGCUGGAUGGAGACAUCAAACUCGCUGAUUUUGGGGUGUCGGCAAAAAACACCAAAACUCUGCAAAGGAGAGACUCUUUCAUUGGGACGCCGUACUGGAUGGCUCCCGAGGUGGUGAUGUGUGAGACCACGAAAGAUGCGCCAUACGAUUACAAAGCGGACAUCUGGUCUUUGGGAAUAACGCUGAUCGAGCUGGCUCAGAUCGAACCUCCGCACCAUGAACUCAACCCCAUGAGAGUCUUGCUGAAAAUCGCCAAGUCCGAGCCUCCCACGCUGGACCAGCCGUCCAAAUGGUCAAAUAACUUUAAGGAUUUCCUGAAAAAAGCCCUGGAUAAGAAUACUGAGUCGCGUCCGUCGGCCUCUCAGCUCCUUGAGCAUCCCUUUGUGAGCUCGGUGAACACGAAUCGUCCACUGAUGGAGCUGGUGGCUGAAGCUAAAGCUGAAGUGAUGGACGAGCUGGAAGAGGACAGCAAUGAGGAAGCGGACGAGGACGAGAAUCACGAAAUCACGGCUCCUCCGGGAAAAGAUCCCUCAGAAACGAGUCAGACGAGUUUAGAAGGUGACCACAUGCCUCUCACCGAGAGUCCCGUCGACUCUGAGUCGUUGAAACUGGAGAAAAAGCUUUCUGAUGAGGAUCGGGACAAACCUUCCAGCUCGGAUUCUGGGAUCGAAGACGGAAAAAGUACGCCGACCUCAGAGGAAGAGGGAAAAGGGGUGGAGUCUCUGGAAUACGAGUGUGAAUCGCCAACUUUGCCGCUCCCUGUACACAAAACAGCGAAGCUGGAAGGCCAAGAGGCGCGAAAGGGCGGAGCCGGGGACGGACACGUAACACCAGAUCUCCCCCUGGUGGUGCGGAGUGAAAGUGUGUGUGAAAAGCGUCAACAGGAAGCGGAGCAGGAAGCAGACGUUCUGCUUCAUGCUAAUGGUGGGAGGAACAAACGCUGUUCAGAAUCAGGGAGUCAGAUAUCAGAGAGUUUCGACAUCAGCCUGAGCUCCAUGGGGCAUAAAGACAGUGGCACACAGGAUGCUCGGCAUUUUAAUCGCACUCUCAAGCGCACUCGUAAGUAUGUGGUGGACGGUGUGCAGGUGAGCGUCACCACGUCCAAGAUCAUCGGUGACGAUGAGAAGAAAGACGAGGAGAUGAGAUUCCUCAGGCGACAGGAGCUGAGAGAGCUGCGUCUGAUCCAAAAGGAGGAACAUCGCACUGUGGCUGCCCUCAAUGCCAAACUGGAGACUCAGAGAGAGCUCAUGCAGAGACGCUUCGACCAGGAGAUGAACGCAAAGAAGAAGUUCUAUGACACGGAGCUGGAGAACCUGGACAAGCAGCAGAAGCAGAUAAUCGAAAAAAUGGAGCUGGAGCACGCUGUGAGUCUGCGUGACGAGACGAGACGAAUCCGUCUGGAGCAGGAGCGAGAACUUCACCGAUUCCUGGACCAGAUGAAACAACGAAAAAAGGAGGUGAAACAUGAAGUGGAGAAGUUGCCCAGGAACCUGAGGAAGGAGAGUCUAAAGAUCCGCAUGAAUGAAUUCCAGCUGAAAAAAGUGUCUGAGGAGGAACAGUUCAGAGCAGAACAGAAAAAUCAUCUGGACUUGACGAUAAACAACAUCAUCACUAUGAACAAAACGGAGAUUGCGGAAACGGAGCGCCAGUGUCUUGAGAAGAAACAACAUCUGAUCAGAGAGAAGGAAGGAGCCAUAUGGGAACUGGAGGAGAAAAAUCUGCUUGAGAGAUGGCAACUCCUCAAACAGCAGCUGAAGGACCAGUACUUCCUGCAGAGACACCAACUACUGAAAAAACAUGAGAAGGAACAAGAGCACAUGAACUGUUACAACCAGCGUAUGAUCGAGCUUCUUAAAGUGCGGCAGCAGCAGGAGAAGAACAGACUACCAAAGAUCCAGCGCAGUGAAGCAAAAACUCGCAUGGCCAUGUUUAAGAAGAGUCUGCGCAUUAAUUCAUCGGGCAGCGCUGCAGAAGACCGCGAGAGGAUCAAACAGUUUGGCAAGCAAGAGGAGAAGAGGCAGAAGGUCGAGCGACUGCACCAGCAACAAAAACAUGAUAACCAAAUGAGAGAGAUGAUGGGGCAGUGUGAGAGCAACCUCCGAGAUCUCCAGCAACUACAGAACGAGAAAUGUCACCUGCUGGUGGAAAACGAGACUCAGAGACUGAAGGCCCUGGAUGAACAUCACAACCAUCAGCUGAAGGAAUGGAGAGCUCAGCUGCAACCUCGCAAGAAGGCUCUGGAGGACGAGCUGAACCUGAAGAAGCGUGAGCAGGAGAAUUUCUUCCGCAUGAGCGAGGACUCCGAGUGUGUGAACCCCAGCUCUCCCAACAGAUACACCAAAUUCCUGCCUUAUACAGACUCCUCCACCACUUAGGACUCCGCCCACUGCCCACAAUCACCCAGUCGUGAUCGUUGUGCUCCUCUGUAGCCCCACCCACUAGCCCAGGUAGAUCAUUUGCUCAUGCAGGAUUCGCACAUGCUCACCUUUUUGCAGUUUUAUUUUUAUUUAUUAAAUAAUACAGAAUUAAAGAGUGGUGUCUUCCAGAUGGGUCUUAAACCCUAAAAUAUAAAGAAUCAGAGAUUUAAAUAGAUGUAUAUAUAUUUUAAAAAUAUUUUUUUUGAACUGGUGGAAAUAAGAACAUUAAAAAAAGAGAGCAAAAAUUCUUAAUAAAGCCACUUAAACUGUAUUUUCACACCAAAGCCAGGAAACAGGAUUUAUUAUCGUCAUUAUUUCUAUAUUAUCAGCUUAUAUUCAAAAUUACUUUUCCAACAAACAAAUUAAAAAAAUAUUUAGUGUUGCCAAAUACAGUGUACAGAAGAAAAAACCAUAGUCUAUUGUUUUCUAUUCCUUUUAAAAUAUAUAUAUAUAUUCAAUGAUAUAAAUCUAAAAAGCAAAGACUCUUUAACGUUCCGCUUCCCCACAGCUUCACCCGUUCGGACGUUUCAGAAAUGUUUAGUUUGUCAGAAGUUUUAGGUUUCAGUGGUGAAGUAACUUGGUACCUUUUUUUUUUAGUUUUUAUGUAUUGAUUCUGAAUGAGUGGCAGAAUUACUGUAAAGUGCAACACUGGAUAUAAACUGACUAAAGAAAAAAAUAUGCACAGAAUAUUAACUAAAUUUAAUAACACAAUAAUAAUGUUGUUAAAUAUGUCCAUGUUAAAGAGGAUUGUUGCUGUCUGGAAGAAAACCUUCAAGGGAAAAAAAAAAGUUA